GUGGGCGACGGCGCGUCGGGAGGAGCCGGCUGUAGCGUGGCGGCUGCGGGCUUGUCCNUCCGGGUCCGAGCGGCUCGCGCUUCCCUCUUCGCGUCAUGGCAAAGGCGGCCAACGCGGUGCCGCUGCUCCUGGGCUCCACGACGCUGUGGCUCUCGGUGCUCCGCUUCGGGACGGCCUCCGCUCCCAAGGCGGUGACGGCUCACUUGGCCGCCAAGUGGCCCGAGACCCCGCUGCUGCUGGAAGCCAGUGAAUUUAUGGCAGAAGAAAGUAAUGACAAAUUUUGGCAGUUUUUGGACACCGUAAAAGAAUUAGCAAUUUAUAAGCAAACAGAGUCAGAUUAUUCUUAUUACAACUUAAUCCUGAAGAAAGCUGGACAAUUCUUAGACAAUUUACAUAUCAAUCUCUUAAAGUUUGCUUUGUCUAUAAGAGCGUAUUCUCCAGCUGUUCAGAUGUUUCAACAGGUUGCAGCUGAUGAACCACCACCAGAUGGUUGUGAUGCAUUUGUGGUUAUCCAUAAGAAACACACCUGUAAAGUUAAUGAGAUUAAAAAACUGCUGAAGAAGGCUACUUCAAGGCCCAGACCAUAUCUUUUUGCGCGAGAUCAUAAAUUUCCUACAAACAAAGAGAACUUACCAGUGAUUAUUCUCUAUGCAGAAAUGGGUACCAGAUCAUUUGGUAAAUUUCACACAGUAUUGUCUGAAAAAGCUCAAAAUGGGGAAAUUCUGUAUGUUCUUCGUCAUUAUAUUCAGAAAUCAACCUCACGGAAAAUGUACUUAUCUGGCUAUGGUGUGGAGCUAGCAAUUAAGAGUACAGAAUACAAAGCAUUGGAUGAUACCCAAGUUAAAACUGUGACUAAUACUGCUGUAGAAGGUGAGACUGAAACAAAUGAAGUUCAAGGAUUUCUUUUUGGGAAACUAAAAGAAAGAUAUUCAGAUCUCAGAGAUAAUCUGACAGCAUUCCAAAAAUACCUGAUUGACAGUAGCAAAGAAAUGACACCUUUGAAAGUCUGGGAGCUGCAAGAUCUUAGUUUUCAAGCAGCUUCUCAAAUAAUGGCCACUCCAGUUUAUGAUGCCUUAAAAUUAAUGAAAGACAUUUCACAGAACUUCCCCAUAAAAGCCAGAUCUCUGACCAGAAUUUCUGUAAAUCAACAUAUGAAGAAGGAAAUACAGGAAAAUCAAGAGGAUCUUCGCAGCAGAUUUGAAAUUCAGCCAGGUGAUGCGUGUCUGUAUAUAAAUGGACUUCGUGUUGACAUAGAUGCUCCUGAUCCUUUUAGUAUUUUGGAUAUGCUGAAGCUAGAAGGAAAAAUAAUGAAUGGCCUUCGCAAUCUUGGGAUGAGCAGAGAACAUAUGACCGAAUUUUUAAAAUUAAAUUCACGUGUUUGGAACAAUAACUAUAUAUUAGAUAUUAGGCAUUCUUCAAUAAUGGUAAGUGCUCAUGUAAUUACUGUUUUAAAACCUUUAGUAGAUUUAAGACUUAAUAUAAAACCAGAUAUUGUCAGGCUUUCAAAUAAAUUUAAGGAAUUUGAAAGAGGUUGUAUAGCAGAACUCAGAAGAGAAAGUAAAAAUACUGAUUCAUCCCCUCUCACUCUUGUGUCUUCUUUCCCCAUCCUUGUAUUCUCUGCUUUUCCUCAUGAGAAUCCCUACUCACUAGUUCAGUAUCCUUUCUAGCUUUAAAGGUAAAAACAAAACAAACAGCAAUAAAUGUACCACAUGAACAAUAGCAACAAAAAACACCAAAUAGUUAUAUCUGAGGAAUGUAAGAUUGCCACCUUAAUAUAAUGAUUGCCUAGAGCAUUUUCAGUGCGCUUCUCAAUUCUGGUCUGUGUAAUUCUGCCUAAGUGAAGGUUUUGAAAUCUGAUCACAUCGCUAUCCCUUGCUUAAAGCACAGAAACAGUCCUUAGUAUAGCCUAUGAGGCUAUAAAUGGUCUACUCCUUCAAUUUCUUAGACUAUGAAAUAGACUUUUCCCCACUAUCCCUUAUCUCGUGCUUGAAAAGCAAAUUUUCCUCUUUCUACCCGUUCAACUUUUUUUUUUAGACUUCAACUCUAAACAUAUUUCCUGAGAGAAGCUUUUCUUAACUAUCCUAGAUGAUUUUUUAAAAUACACGUUGUGUCAAGGAGUCCCCAGGAAUACCAUCAAGUUUGGUGAUUGCUAAAAGGAUUCAAAAAGCCUAGAAAUUGUUAUACUUGUGGUUAUGAUUUAUUAGAGCAAAAGAGGACAAAGUAAUAGCAGAGGGAGAGAGGGUGGAGUCCAGAGGAAACCUGAAUAGCCUUCCCACUUAUAAAUUUAGUCCACCAUCUAAGAUUCGUGGAAUGAUAGCAGCACCAUGAACAUCAAAGCCCUCAGACUCAAGAAAAGCCACAGAAGUUGUUAAUUAGUUACCAUGAUAGAACACUGACUAACUUGUUCCACAUUUAUUGUAGCUGUUUUUACUACUCAUUAGACCAUAUUCUUUCAUUGGCUAGAUUCUACUUCUAUUUGAUUAUCUUUUAGCUCCAUAAUAGAUGACUUUUCUAAAAAUGUUUUAUCAGAAAAAGGAAUGUCCAUGUUAUAAUCUUAAUAGUUUAUGCUUUUUAUUUUAAGCAUUUAUACUUUUUAACAUUUGUAGAAGAAUGCUGGGAGUGUGAGUCACACUGAGAAAAUGAGGGUAGUAAUUUUCAAGGCUGUUCUGGAACUAAGAAAUAGAUCAGC